AUGUAUGCCACUAUUCUCGCAACCAAGUCUGACAAAACCUUGCAGCUUCGGAAUGGUAAAAGCUAUGUGGAAUUCAGUGGCAAAGAGGACCUUGACACGCAAACCCUUGCGGCAUUUGACCCGGAAGUCUUCACAAUAAGCGACUCCUGCCCUGCACUCGAAACACUGCUUCAACAGGCGGUUGAGCGCGAAAGCCAGGCCCCUGACGACCCCAUCGAAGCCUUCGACGAAACAGCAAUGUCCUCAGCUCCAGACCUACCCGCCACACACAACGUCAACAAAAAACGACCCUUCGUCGAGAAGACUGAGGCAGCACACAACGGCCACCGGCACAGGAAGCGAAGUAAGAAGCGUGCUCGCCUGAUUGGUAGCGAGGGUCACCUUCACGGUCGCAAUGCACCGGCGAUUCAGACGUGCAUCGCUGUUCCGAGCAACGUGGAUGCCUUUACACUACCAGCCGCAACAGGGGGAUACAUUGGCAAGGACCUUACAGUUGAGAGAGGGGCAGUUCGUGACGUUGAGUGGUUCAGAUCCCAACCGGGUUGGACUUAUUUGAAGUGGGACGGCAGCCGCGCUCUUUCAAUUGUCGAUAAGGCCCAGCGCCUUAUUGUCGUUGGACUCAAGAAGAUACAGGACAAAAUGUACGACGACGACGUCGAGAAAGUCGCAGAGCUCUUGGAAAGGGCUCGAUCCACCAAGAUGACGCUAGGCCCAGCCGACACCAACCAUCUUUGUGGAGAGGGCUUUCCUGCAGCUGCUUGCGGAUGGUCCAUGGGUCAGGGCCAGAAGCAGCCUAUGCACACAGGUGGAAAAUAUGCGGGCGUCAUGCAAGAGCUCAUCGCCGAGCCUUGCAUCCAGCGAGUAGCAUCUGUGCAAGACGCUGGGUUUGCGUGCUGGUCAUUCAAGAAUUACAAGUACUAUUUGGAUGCUAUGAAGAAACUUGGCGCCUCUGUCGAACGAUUUGAACCGAACUUCGAACGAAGCCAGUUUGCGUCCAUUACGUUCAACUUCGGCCCUCAGGUCUGCACUUGCGAGCACACCAAUGCUAAAAACUGCCCGCAUAGCAUGUGCGCAAUUACUGCUGCAGGCAAGUUCGACCACACCAAAGGUGGCCACCUGGUCCUCCCAGAUCUCAAGGUCAUCAUCGAGUUUCCUUCCGGCUGUACGCUUCUUCUUCCGUCCGCCAUUCUUCGUCACCAUAACACCCCUAUACAACCUGGUGAGACGCGGUAUUCAGUCACGCAAUAUAGUGCAGGAGGGAUUUUCAGAUGGUUGGAGUACGGAAAUAGGACAGAGGUUGAAUUACGGGCUCAAGACCCCGCCUGUAUUCAAGAAGUAUAUGCAGAGAGGAAGGGUCGUUGGGCAAAGAUGGUAAACAUGUUUGUAACUCUAGAUGAAGUUCGUCAGUACCACAGUGCAGUAUAG